AAGCACCUGGCCCUCGCUCCCGUACCAAGAUGGCGGCAGAAGCAGCUGGUGGGAAAUACAGGAGCACAGUCAGCAAAAGCAAAGACCCCUCGGGGCUGCUCAUCUCGGUGAUCAGGACUCUGUCUACCAGCGAUGAUGUUGAAGACAGAGAAAAUGAGAAAGGUCGCCUUGAAGAAGCCUAUGAGAAGUGUGACCGUGACCUGGAUGAAUUGAUUGUUCAACACUACACAGAAUUGACAACAGCCAUUCGCACUUACCAGAGCAUCACAGAGCGCAUCACUAACUCGCGGAAUAAAAUCAAGCAGGUAAAAGAGAAUCUACUUUCCUGCAAGAUGCUGUUGCACUGCAAACGGGAUGAGCUUCGUAAACUAUGGAUUGAAGGAAUUGAACAUAAGCAUGUCCUGAACCUGCUGGAUGAAAUUGAGAACAUAAAGCAAGUGCCUCAAAAACUGGAACAGUGCAUGGCCAGCAAGCACUACCUUAGUGCCACUGACAUGCUGGUGUCAGCAGUGGAGUCUUUGGAGGGCCCACUGCUCCAGGUGGAGGGACUCAGUGACCUCAGGCUGGAACUUCACAGCAAGAAGAUGAACCUGCACUUGGUUCUCAUAGAGGAACUGCACCGGCACCUGUACAUCAAAUCCACUAGCCGAGUUGUGCAGCGUAACAAAGAAAAAGGGAAGAUGAGUUCUCAUGGCAAAGAUGCCUCUCCUGGUCCUCUGAUUGAUGUUACAAACAUCUCUACUCCACGCAAAUUCCUUGAUGCCACUCAAUAUUCUACUGCUGGCAGCUCAAGUGUGAGAGAGAUGAACCUGCAAGACAUCAAGGAGGACUUGGAGUGUGAUCCAGAGGAGAACAGCACUCUUUUCAUGGGAAUUCUUAUCCAGGGGCUGGCCAGACUGAAGAAGAUCCCUGAGACAGUUAAAGCCAUUAAAGAACGUUUGGAGCAGGAGCUAAAGCAGAUUGUGAAGAGGUCAACCACUCAGGUGGCAGACAGUGGCUAUCAGAGGGGAGAGAGCCUCACUGUGGACAAUCAGCCAAGGUUACUUCUAGAACUGCUGGAGGUAUUGUUUGACAAGUUUAAUGCUGUAGCCACUGCACACUCUGUGGUCCUGGGGUACCUGCAGGACUCUGUUGGGACCCAGUCAAUGCAGCAGGAAGAGAUUAAAUUAUAUGAUAUGGCAGAUGUAUGGGUGAAGAUCCAAGAUGUGCUGCAGAUGCUGUUGACUGAGUACUUGGAUAUGAAGAACACACGUACUGCAUCAGAGCCAUCAGCUCAACUAAGCUAUGCCAGUACUGGACGAGAGUUCGCAGCCUUUUUUGCCAAGAAGAAACCACAAAGGCCAAAGAAUUCACUUUUCAAGUUCGAAUCAUCCUCUCAUGCUAUCAGCAUGAGCGCCUAUCUGCGAGAACAGAGAAGGGAACUCUAUAGUCGGAGUGGAGAACUGCAAGGGGGUCCUGAUGACAACUUAAUUGAAGGUGGAGGAACAAAAUUUGUCUGCAAACCUGGAGCCAGAAAUAUUACUGUCAUAUUCCAUCCAUUACUGAGAUUUAUUCAGGAGAUUGAACAUGCCAUGGGACUUGGCCCUGCCAAACAGUGUCCCCUUCGAGAGUUUCUCACCAUGUACAUCAAAAACAUCUUCCUUAAUCAGGUCUUGGCUGAGAUCAACAAGGAGAUUGAAGGAGUCACCAAAACAGCAGACCCCUUGAAGAUCCUAGCUAAUGCAGACACCAUGAAGGUUCUUGGGGUGCAGAGGCCUCUCCUACAGAGCACAAUCAUUGUGGAGAAGACUGUGCAAGACCUCAUGAACCUGAUGCAUGACUUGAGUGCGUAUUCAGAUCAGUUCCUCAACAUGGUGUGUGUGAAGCUCCAGGAGUACAAGGACACCUGCUCCUCAGCCUACAGGGGCAUUGUCCAGUCAGAAGAGAAACUUGUCAUUAGUGCAUCGUGGGCGAAAGAUGACGACAUCAGCAGGCUCUUGAAGUCACUGCCAAACUGGACUAACAUGGCUCAGCCCAAACAGUUGAGGCCCAAGAGGGAAGAAGAAGAAGACUUCAUAAGGGCAGCCUUUGGCAAGGAAUCUGAAGUUCUAAUUGGGAACCUUGGUGACAAACUUAUUCCUCCACAAGACAUUCUCCGUGAUGUUAGUGACCUCAAAGCCUUGGCCAACAUGCACGAAAGCCUGGAAUGGCUGGCCGGCAGAACAAAGUCAGCUUUCGCCAACCUCUCCACAUCUCAGAUGCUGUCUCCUGCUCAAGAGAGCCAUGUGAACAUGGACCUUCCACCAGUAUCUGAGCAGAUCAUGCAGACACUGAGUGAACUUGCCAAGUCCUUCCAGGAUAUGGCUGACCGCUGCCUGCUUGUCUUACAUCUGGAAGUGAGAGUUCAUUGUUUCCACUAUCUCAUCCCUCUGGCCAAGGAGGGGAACUAUGCCAUUGUUGCCAAUGUGGAAAGUAUGGAUUAUGACCCUCUGGUGGUCAAGCUCAACAAAGACAUCAGUGCCAUGGAAGAGGCCAUGAGCUCCAGCCUUCAGCAGCACAAGUUCCAGUAUAUCUUUGAAGGUCUGGGACACCUCAUCUCCUGCAUCCUCAUUAAUGGGGCCCAGUACUUCCGGCGCAUCAGUGAGUCUGGCAUCAAGAAAAUGUGUAGGAACAUUUUUGUUCUUCAGCAGAAUUUGACCAACAUCACUAUGUCACGGGAAGCAGACUUGGACUUUGCAAGGCAGUACUACGAGAUGCUGUACAACACAGCAGAUGAGCUCCUGAACCUGGUGGUGGACCAGGGCGUGAAGUACACAGAGCUGGAGUACAUCCAUGCCCUGACCCUGCUGCACCGCAGCCAGACCGGCGUCGGGGACCAGACCGUCCAGAACACCAGGCUGCAGAGGCUCAAGGAGAUCAUCUGUGAGCAGGCUGCCAUCAAGCAAGCCACCAAGGAUAAGAAAAUAACCACCGUCUGAUGGUGUUCCCUGUUGCGGGUGUGGGUGGGGCUCGCUGUGUGUGCAGCCACAGGCUCUAUCCACCCAGCAUAGCGUGAGCUGACUUGGUUUUGUCUACACUGAUGCUUAGUGGAUGAAGGUGGAUUACUUCCUCCUUAGUUUUGCUUUUCUAUAUGAACUCUAAGGAAGUUUGCAGUACAGAAUGCUUUGCCUAGUGACUACUUUAGUGCUGUCUAUUCCCAAGGGCUGAGGGUGGAAUCAGACGGAGGGCAUGCCAAGUUGCUGCACCCCGAGAAAGCAAUGAAGGAAAGCUAGCUGCUACCUGAGUUUCUGGACCAUCCUGAAACUGCUUAGUAAGGUCUAUGGCAUAAGCAGGGGGCUUUUUAUUCUCUUAUCUUUGUCAGUUUGUAGUUCAGUGAGGUGAGUGUGUGCACAUUACUUUGUCUCCAUUGCCAAAAUCAAAUUAAGAGGCUUCUCAGCUGGCUUCCCUACCAAAAACAGAUCUCCUCAAGGCUGGGGAGGAAGCCCUUUCUCCCUGACCAGGGAUGGACAGUACUCUAGAGCUUGUACACAGGGUGCUAGUUGGUUUUAUAACCUUUUUGUUUUAUUCCUUCUGCAUUAAAGCCAAGAGUCAGGGCUGGAGGGGUGGCUUAGCAAUUAGGAGCACUUGGCUGCCCUUCCAGAGGACCAGAGUUCAGUUCUCAGCCCCUGCCCAUGGAGGCUCACAACCAUCUGUAACUUCAGUUCCCCCUGACCUGAAGCCCUUUCCUGACUCAGCAAGUACCAUGUGUAUGUGGUGCACAAACACGCAUGCAGGCCAGAAUACUCAACACAUAAAGUAGGAAAAACAUCAAGUCAAAACUUAUGCUGAAAGUGGAAGGGUGAAAGGUGAUCCACCCUCCCCUGACUUGACCCUAUAAAUACAUUAAUAAUAGCUGGAGAGCUUCCUACCUCUCACUUCACAGAGGGUAAAUUUGAGGGGCAUCCUGAUGUUCCCGUGCACACCAUGUUAGUAACUUGUCUUGUUGCUGUGACAAAAGUUCCCCAGGAAAGGAAGGUUUCUGGCUAACAGUAAGGGUAAACCCGUCAUAACCAGGAGGCCGUGGCAGCCAGAGCUCACAGUUGCUCACACUGCCUCUGCGUUCAGGAAACAGUAGCGGAUGCUUGUGUUCGGUGGCUUUCUCCUUUUGAUGGAGUCCAGGACCCCAGAAUGGUUCCCCCACAUUCCGAGUGGGACUGCUCACCUCAGUUAAUCUGAUUUAAAUUCGCAGACAAGUCCUAGUUGGUCGCUGUUGCUGUGAUAAACCACGAGCCAAAACCAACACACACACACACACACCAGCUACACAGACACACAAAAAUAAAAGGUUUCAAAGAAUUUGACAAUGAAAAAGUAAAGCAAUUAUCAUUACAAUAAACAUUGAAUCUACUUAAAAAUUCAGAGAGGAAUAUAGCAAUACAAGUAUUUAAUAUUAAGCAAUAGAGUUCAGGCCUGCUCAACUGAAAGCAAGGAAGACAGGACAUUUUUUUUGUGUCGCUACCAAUGAAGACUUUGAAAUUUUUGUUUGUUUGUUUGUUUGUUUGUUUGUUUGUUUGAGACAGAGUUUCUCUGUGUGGCUCUGACUGUCCUGAACUUGCCCUGUAGACCAGGUUGGCCUCGAACUCAGAGAUCUGUCUGGGAUGGAAGGUAUAUGCCACCACCCCCGGCUGCAAAGCCUCUUGUUGAAUUGCCCUUUUCUAAUAUGGUACCUGCAAUGUUUGCGGCAGUAUGGAUCUUGCCACUGCCCCGGGUCCCCACAUCAUCCUGCUGCUCAAGGGUCACAAGUCACAGGAGGCAUGAGUGCAAAGACAAGGAAGCCUCUGGAACAUACAUGGGAAGAAGAGACAGAAAGGCUGGUGCCAUUCAAAGUCUCUUAGGCCCCGUGGGAGGGAAUCUUCACACCUGCUUGUAACAGCUUUGGUCUGGAUGGGAAUAAGCAAAAAUUAAAAACUGUUUUGAGAA